AUGCGACCGCCUCGAUUUUGGGCUACGUUCUUAUCCUUUGCUAUAAUACUUUUGGGUGACUUAACAUGUGCUCAACAGUCUCUCCCCUCAUGCGCUACACAAUGCCUUGCCGACCUUCUUCCUAAGUCAGCGUGUUCCCCCACUGACCAAGCAUGCAUGUGUACGAAUGUGGAUCUCAACGAGGGGUUGAGUAGCUGUGUCUCGGCCAAUUGCACCAUCAAGGAGGGCCUCACUACGCUUAAUGUCACCAAUACAGAAUGCGGAGCUCCGAUUAGGGAUCACACUUCUCUAAGUAUUGUGAUCCCAGCUGUUGGUCUGUGCGUCUUGGUGUUCGUCGCUUUGCGAAUAUACACGCGCCUUGUUAUCAAGAAACUCGAAAUUGGCUUAGAUGACUGGGCAACUCUUCUUCUCGGGUGUAUUAUGGUACCAGUUAAUGUCGGCUCGAUAUUGCUUGGAAAAGCUGGGCUCGGAAAGGAUAUGUGGACUCUCGAAUUCACUAGCAUUACUCGGAUUCUUUAUCUUUUCUACAUCCAAGAACUCCUCUACAUCACUUGCAUUUCGCUCACAAAGAUCUGCUUCCUUCUCUUCUACCUCCGCAUCUUCCCUUCCGAUCGGAUGCGUCAUGUCAUCAAAGCCUCCUGCAUUGUGACAGUUUGCUACGGCCUCACUUUCCUGUUCGCCUUCGCAUUCCAGUGCUCGCCGGUUAGUUUCAACUGGAAUGGCUGGGCUGGAGAACAUGUAGGAAAGUGCGUGCAGACAAACCCUCUGGUGGUCGCUGCUGCGGCCAUCAACAUUGUACUGGACGUCUUUGUUAUCUCCCUGCCUAUUCCCAAAGUACUUAAGCUCCAGGCUUCGAUCACGACAAAGAUUCAGGUCAUAUUUAUGUUCGGACUUACAGGAUGGCUAAUGGUGAAAUUAACAACAGGGGACAAUGCUGCCGGCGGCUAUUGGUCUGUGAUAGAAAUCGAUGUUGGGGUUUUCUGCCUAUGCAUGCCAGCCAUGCGUUCCUUGCUCGGUCGCCUAUUUCCCAAAGUAUUUAGGUCAUCAAAAGGGACCAGGACUAGCAGCUCGGGACAGCCGCUCAGCCACAAGAAAAUCCGAAUUGCUGAUGGCGGCCCAAACACGAGUUUUGUUCAGUUGAUUGAAAUGGAUCAUACAGGGAAUUUGAAAAGUCACGGGGAUGCUUAA